GCUUUAGAUCUAAACAGACCAAUUUGGGCUGCAACGCUUCAAGCGAUUCAUUCACAUUGCAGGCAUGACCACUCCGCAAGUUACCUCCAUUCUACCCAUCACAGAUGCGCAACUACCACAAUCUUCAUCUGCUACACUCAUUGAGGAUAUAACAUCAAACAGCGCUUCCAUUUAUUCUAAAUCUCGUACACGGUCCUCUCCAUCGACUGCCACUUCGAAUAGUACCCAAAAUACUGAACAGCUCACGCCUAUAGCAAUGGGGCCGAUGUCUAGUUCCAUACAUAAUGGCGCAAAUUUGAUCUUAGAUCUUAUUAGGACCGAAAGACAACAGGCUUUCGAGGUCGGCCAGCGACAGAUGGCACAUAUUCAGCAGCAACAUAACGAGCAUCGCAUGUCAUAUUCGAAAGUGGUUCUGGAAGAAUCAACCAAGCGGCGUGAGGCUGAGGACAUGGUUGCGUACCUCUCAACCGAACUGGCCAGAUAUACAAAGGAGGCCACUGAAGUACAGAAUAUCGCUUUGCAAGCUAGAGCAGACGCAACUGCGGCGCAGAACACCACUUCUGAAGCUGAAAGAGCAGCAGAGGAAGCUCGCAGCUACCUCAUGGCGGUUCACGAUGCGCUUCAGCAAGUCGGCAUUACUGUUAGUCGAGAUGACUCUGUAACAUCUAACACGCCGAAGAUAAUCUUGGGCACGCCAUGGCUAGAACUCAUCCCAUCCCAAAUCCAUAGCUCAGAUACGCCACUCCCCAAUUCCUCCAGUGCCCCAGGCGAUAAGCCAAGUUCUUCCCCUCCCCCUACCCAGCACCUCGGCUCGCCAUCAAAAUAUAUCUCUUUUAUCAAAGAACACAUCCAUCACCUCGGCGAUACUUUGGCUGCCGCCCAAAACAACUGCAAAGAUCUUGAAUCCCAACGCAAUCAGCUCCAGAGCGACCUCAGUACGCUUGGCCACGAUCGAAACGAGCUUGAAAGCUUAAAGAAGGAAACGGAAGACAACGCGAAGAUGCUCGGCCAGUGGAAAUCCAGAGUCACAAAACUGGAAAAUGAGAUACAAUGGUUGAAAUUAGAGCGAGAUGACGCGGUCAAGGCCAAAGCGGAGGCUGCCACUGCCCUCGAAGAGAUGAGGAGAACCUCGACAGUUAGUGAAGAGACUCUCAAAUCCACGUUCGACCAGCAUUUAAAAGAUCAACAACGUCAAGCCGAGGCGAACUCGGAGAAGGUCCGGCAAGUACUGGAGAACUCUAUUGAAGCCAAAUCCGUGCAAAUGCGUGACUUACAGAGCCGGGUCGUGCAGAUCACGGCCACUGUAGAUGAAUGGGAGGGUAAAUACGAUGCAGUCACAAAGGAGCGCGACUCCCAGAAGCAGCUCCUGGUCGCUGAACAGCAGAAAUACAAAGAGGAAAGCUCUGUCCAAAAGGAACAGAUAGACAAUUUGCAGAAACGACUGGAAGCUAGUGUCUCAGAAGACGUUAUGACGGCCAAGGUGUCACGAAUAGAGGAGCUCGAGAAGGAACUGGCCUCAGCCCGAGCUCACCACGCGAAAUUGAGCCAGGAGAAAGAUGAAGCUGUUGCUUCGGUUAAGCCUCGCGAUGCACAAAUAAAAGCGUUACAGGAGGCACUCACGACAUUCACAAGUCGCAAAUCAACGACGGAGUGUGCGACGAAGAAUAAAUCAGGUGGAAGUUCCGAGGAGAAGAAAGCUCGUCCAUCGAAACCAUCGACCCCUCAUGAACAGAUCCAGUUCAGAGCGCCUGAGGUGCACCCCGUAGCUGCAUCGACAGCCGAUCAACGGUCUAAACAGAUCACUGGCCCUAAGAAGACUGAGAAGCUGAAGUCCAAGUCAUCCUCAAGCACUGCAUCACCGGGUUUCUCUGCCGCUCGCCCGAUGGAGAUUGACUCAGCGUCAUCGACUGACGUGGAAAUCAUUUCAGGACCAAUACCGAUUAUCUCGCAAGGGUCUAAUACGAAGCAAAAGUCUCUUCGUACUGGAUCCAACAAAACAUCAUCUUCUGGUGUUAACACUCUCCAGACAGUCGACUCUCCCAUAGAGAAGACCAGUCUCAAGCGUACUGCAGACACGAACGAUUCUUCCACACCAGCUACAAAGCGGCCCAAACUCUUUCUUGACUCGUCCGCUAGCUCCGUUGAGAAAGUCGCGUCCGCUGCAUCCAGUUCGCCGGUUUCAACUCCCUUGGGAUCGAGAUCGGGAACAUCUUCACCGGUCAUUGCAAAGCCUGUCUUCAACUUUAAAUUUCGAAAACAUUUUGCACAAGCAAGUACCUCGGUUUCCUCAGGCGGUGCGACGUCGUCGAAAGUUAUGGCUAGUUCGUCAAGUGUACGCACAUCACAGAGUACGACUUCAACCGAAGCCCCUCCUGCCGGAGCCACCGACAAUGGCGUGCAUCGCAGAUCAGGUAGCAUUACCUCAGAGACUGAGCUUGCAGCGGAAAGCACGCUUGGGGCAAAACCCCGAGCCCGAUUUCUGAGACAUGGGCAAAUCAAACCCGCCGUAUCGACAGCUGGCGAAGCCAAGAAGCAUGCGGAAUUCAAAAACUUCAAACCUGCUGAUGUUCCUGAAAAGGAACAGCCCUCUGGGUCAUCGGCCCGCACAACAGCAGCGAGUGCAGAGCAGGUGCGAAAUGCACAAGCUGCAGCCACCGCACCCCCUAGCAGAGAAGCCUCAUCAUCAGGAUCUGCAAAAAGCAAGCCGUCUUUGUUGCGCCAAUUCAGCGGCAUGGAUAACCUUUCAAUACCUCCAUCCAAUUCUGCUUCAUCUCCGUCCCUUUCAACUGCGUCUGGGAGUAUAGUUGAUCGGAGCAAGGCAAAGGGCAUCUCACGGCCGGCAGGAGCUAAGUCUAUCCCUAAAGGUCCGAAGUCGUCAAUGGCUAUGUUACAGGUGACUCUAGAAUCCUCUCCUAAGGCACCGAAGCCGAUGCUGGCAACUAGAUCAUCAAAAAAAGUACCCCAAGGGCCUAGAGCCACACAGGAGCCCAAUACUAGAGAUACCGAGAAAGGCACCUAAAUACCUCUUCGUUCCAUUAUUUUAUAUGAUUAACCGGGCCUUUCAACUACCCUGCCACCGUAAAGUAUUCGAAUCCCCGUAUAUUUAUCUUACUCUCGUUUAAUAUGUUUUACGCGAAGCUGGUUACUAUUCCAUCAUAACUUCGCCUUUGUUAAAAGUGUACGCUAG